AUGUCGAACAACCCGACGCAGAUUUUCGCCGACGACGUACAAGAAGAAAAAGGCGAAAAUGCCCGCCUCUCAGCGUUCGUGGGCGCAAUCGCAGUCGGGGACCUAGUCAAAUCGACUUUGGGACCGAAAGGAAUGGACAAGAUCUUACAAUCCGCAUCGACGGGCGAAAUCAUGGUGACGAACGAUGGGGCCACAAUCCUGAAAUCGAUAGCGCUCGACAACGCCGCGGCCAAAGUGUUAGUCAACAUUUCCAAAGUGCAAGACGACGAAGUCGGCGACGGCACGACGUCCGUAACAGUCCUCGCAGCCGAAUUACUCCGCGAAGCCGAACAGCUGGUCAACAAACACAUCCACCCACAGACGAUCAUCGAGGGAUACCGAUUAGCAUCGCAAGCGGCUCUGUCCGCGCUGGAAAAAGCAGCAGUCGACAACAGCAAGGACCCCGAAGCGUUCCGCCGCGAUCUGCAAGCGAUUGCACGCACAACCUUGUCCUCCAAGGUCCUCAGUCAAGAUCGAGAGAAAUUCGCCAAUCUGGCAGUCGAAGCGAUCCUACGUCUUAAAGGGUCCGUCGACCUGAACCAUAUCCAAAUCAUCAAAAAGGCAGGCGGGAAACUGAGCGACAGUUACCUCGACGAGGGGUUCAUUCUCGACAAGAAAAUCGGAGUCAACCAACCGAAACGCCUUGAAAAUGCAAAGAUCCUCGUCGCAAACACACCCAUGGACACAGACAAGGUGAAGAUCUGGGCGAGUCGCAUGAAAGUCAGUUCACCGAAAGAACUAGCGGAGCUGGAGAAAGCAGAACGCGAGAAAAUGCGUCAGAAAGUCGAACGCAUCAAGGCCCAUGGGAUCAAUUGUUUCAUCAACCGCCAGCUGAUCUACAAUUGGCCCGAACAACUUUUCACCGAGGCUGGAAUCGUGAGUAUUGAACAUGCAGACUUUGACGGCGUCGAGAGACUCGCGUUGGUCACGGGCGGUGAGAUUGCGUCCACGUUCGAUCAUCCGGAUCAAGUGAAACUAGGUCAUUGCGAUUUAAUCGAGGAAGUCAUUAUCGGCGAGGACACGCUGAUUAAAUUCUCUGGAGUUGCCGCCGGUGAGGCAUGUACCAUUGUCCUCCGUGGUGCGACUGAGCAAUUGCUCGACGAGGCCGAGCGCUCGCUACACGAUGCUUUGGCUGUCCUUUCGCAGACUGUCAAGGAACCUCGCGUCACCUUGGGCGGCGGCUGUGCCGAAAUGGUCAUGGCCAAAGCCGUCGAUUCGCUCGCCCAGAAAGUCGGUGGCAAGAAACGGAUCGCUAUUGAUUCUUUCGCUACUGCCCUGCGUCAAUUACCUACUAUUUUGGCCGACAAUGCCGGUUUGGACUCGUCCGCCCUCGUCUCUGAACUCCGCUCAGAGGUUUAUCGCGGCAUGACUACCUCUGGUCUUGACCUGUUGACUCCCGGCGGCGGCAUCGCCGACAUGCGCGAGCUUGGCGUCGUCGAGAGUUAUAAACUCAAAAAAGCUGUCGUCAGCUCCGCCUCCGAGGCUGCUGAGCUGUUGUUGAGAGUCGACAAUAUCAUCCGCGCCGCGCCCAGGAGACGUGAGCGUAUGUAA